AGCCUCUCUAUUGCCCAAGUCGAUCCAGGGCGCGCCCCCUCUACCGUUGGCAGCGGGAGGCAGAUGAAGUUUCCUGGUCGGACCCGCUCAUUCUCCAGAUGGGGUGCGGCUGCAGCAUCUUGCGCCGUGCUGCAGUCCUGGUUCACCAACGGCUUGCCUCUCCAGUGGAUCACGGCGUUGCCCCUUCUUCGACGGCCUGGACUGACCGUACACCCGUGGGUGCAUUGGACUCCGGUGCCUGAGGCCGCCUGUACUAUCUUCGUGGCGAAGAUUGUCAACGCCUGAGGCUACCCGCCAGACCGAGCUCACUGAUUGCACGGUCGGGAGGGCCAUGGCGAGAUUGCCCAGGGGUGGUCGGCAUCUACCACGUUCCACGUCAUCGAAGAGAGCGUCGCGCACUGGGCGGCGGCAAGCUCCAGAGCGCCAGCUGGGGGCCUUCGGUGGCGCUGCAACGUGGAGCCUGGAGGGCGCGGGCCUCGAGCUCUUGCCCUUGGGUGCGCCCGACGACGGGCUCGCGCAGCUGGCCCUGCGCGCUGGCCAGGAGAUGGCCCAGAUUGCGGAUCGCUUCCGCCACAUCGCGAACGGCGACGGCAGCCGUGGCAGGCGCCAGAGCUACCUCCGCAUGCGGCAUGGGCAGAGGGCGCCCAUGAGCAUGACGGCUGCCGAAGUCUUGGAGGCUGCCGAGGCUCUGGCGCGCGAGCGGCUGGGGCCUCGCACGGUGCUCAACGAUUGCGUGGUCAUCGGGGACUUCGAACCCAAUCUGCCACGGCAAGAGCUGCACCGGGACAUCCGGCGCGAGGCCGUCGACUCCACCACCUAUGGCCUCUUGGUGCCCCUGUCCGACGGCGCGCGCCUGCAUGUGGUGCCCGGCAGCCACUCCCCGCGCGACGCCUUGCGCGGGACAUUCAGGCAUGACGAGGUGGUGUGCGUCGACGUGCCCCCAGGCUGGGCGGCGCUAUGGGACGGGAUGGUCGUGCACGCGGGGGACGCGGCCGCGGAGGGAACGACCCACAACAGGCCCAACCGCCUCCGGCUGCACGCUUACGCGGAGCAGCCGGGCCAGGAGCGCCCUUUCGACGACAAGGGCGACCGGUCCAUCGUGGAGCUGUGGUGAACCCAGCUGGCAGUGCACAGGAGAAAGUAGUGGCACGAGGAGUAGGGCAGCUCACUGCUGCAGGGCCUGAAGUUUUUAAUAUCUGGCCUUGUUCCACGCAGCAGAGAGAGGAGGGCCUGACAGGCCCGAAGACCCAGUGAAUGAUCCUUGCAUGUGUUCCACACCUGUCCUCGCGCAUGUUCUCGGACCUUUCGCGCGCGCUCCCAGAAAAUGGAGAGCAGCUGGUAUGCGCGCACGUGUGUCUACGUACGAUGUUCAUUGCUUGUGGAUACACACUCGCUCUCUCUCUCUCUCUCUGUCU